ACAAAGCGUCGUCCAAUCAGAGUGAAACAAGACAGAGCGGGUGGAGAUAUACGCAUGCGCUUUGACACUACGGAACUAAGAGGCGUAUUGACCGAGGCGGUUCUGGUGCAGCUGAAUCUUGCUAAAUACUGACCCAGUGUGGAGCCGCACCAUCAUGAUGACCUGUCAGACUCCGUACAUCCUGCUGCUGCUGUGUGUGGGAGUCUCAGCGGUGGAAGUCCAACGCCCUCGCGGUGUCCCUUUGUCAAAACGGCAGUUCUAUGAAGAGAACAAACCUUUUACUUGCCUGGAUGGGUCCCGCACUAUUCCCUUUGACAGAGUGAAUGAUGACUACUGUGACUGCCAGGACAGCUCUGAUGAGCCAGGUACUGCUGCUUGUCCCAACGGCAGCUUCCACUGCACCAAUGCAGGUUUCCGACCAGGCUUCAUCCCUUCCUCCCGCAUCAAUGACGGAAUCUGUGACUGCUGUGACACAACAGAUGAGUACAACAGUGGUGCCGCCUGUCAGAACACCUGCAGGGAGAUGGGGCGCAAAGAGAGGGAGAGCCUGCAGAAGAUGGCAGAGAUCACUAAGGAGGGCUUUCUGCUUAAACAACAACUUAUCCAGGAGGCCAAGAGGGGCCUAGAGGAUAAGAAGGCGAAACAUUCAGAUGUUCAGAUCAGUAAGAAAGAUUUGGAAAAUAUGGUGGAGGCUCUGAGAACAGUAAAGGAGACUGCAGAGCAGCCAGAGAAAGAAGCUAAAGAGCGCCAUCUAAAGGCCUGGGAAGACCAAAAGGCUGUUAUUCAAAUGGAGAAGGACAAGGCUAGAAUGACUGAGGUGUUUCCUGAACUGGACGAUGAUGCAGAUGGCUUUGUCUCAGUGGCUGAGCUUCUGUCCCACUCCGAGCUCGACCCAGAUUCAGAUGGUUCAUUCACAGAAGCAGAGGCUCAGGGACUGUUGGGAGGAGUGGACCAAGUGGACGCUGUAACGUUUGAGUCUGUGUGGAAUAACAUCAAAGAAAAAUACAUAUCGGAGUCCAACGCAGACACCCCAGCACCAGUGGAGACUCCAACGGAGGAGAUAAGGGAGCCAGCCUCCGACAAUGACUCUGAGCAGUACCCUGAAGAUGACAUCCCCGAUGAAGAAGAGGAGGAGGAGGAGGAGGAGGAGGAAGAAGAUGACGACCAAGAUGAAGGAGACUAUAAGAGCCCUCCUACGACUCAGACCCAAGAAAAGAAGGAUGACGAUGACGAGGGGACUAUGCCACCCUACGAGCAAGAAACGCAGAACCUCAUUGAUGCUGCUCAGAAAGCCAGGGACGCGUUUGAUGAGACCGAGAAAGCUCUCCGGGAAGUUGAUGAUCAGAUCAAGAACCUCGAGAAGGAAAUCUCCUUUGACUUCGGACCCAGUGCUGAGUUCGCCUACCUCUAUAGCCAGUGUUACGAGUUGACUACUAGCGAGUACACCUACAGGCUCUGUCCAUUCAACAGAGUCUCCCAGAAACCCAAGUUUGGGGGAUCAGAAACUAACCUGGGAACAUGGGGCCAUUGGGCCGGUCCCGAGGAUAACAUCUACUCUUUGAUGAAGUACGAACAUGGCACAGGAUGCUGGCAAGGCCCUAACAGAUCCACCAUGAUUAAGGUAACGUGUGGAAAGGAGACGGUCCUGGUCUCUACCUCGGAGCCCAGUCGCUGCGAGUACCUGAUGGAGUUCAUCAGCCCUGCUGUCUGCCAGGAGCCUCCAAACCCGGAUUCAGCGCUUCAUGGGCACGAAGAGCUCUAGAUAAACUUGACCGGUUGUUCUUGAGGGACCACAGUCACUGCAGCAACAUGAAGUUGCCGUGAGAAGCUCCCCCUUGGCGUCGAUAAUUGAGAAUGAGUAGUUAUCUCGCCAGCGGUUUUGUUGUUUCUCUGAUUUUAUGUCAAAUGUAGUCAUUCCAUUGUUUUCAAAUAAAGUUCAUUUUAUCAUAUUCCAAA